UAGAGGGGAGGGGUGGAAGGGGGCGGGGCCCGUACAUAUAAUAGACGCGACGGUGGGCGCGGGUGAGGAGAGACGAUUUCAGAAGCCGCUGUUAGCAAACACCACGUGACUUGUUUUAACCUGCGUCAUGUUCCCGCAAGUGACCAUCAGCUACACUUAUGAAGACUGCAAGGCCACAGCUGAUUGGCUGAUGGCUCGAACUGACGUGCGGCCCUUGAUUGCCAUUGUGUGUGGUUCGGGACUUGGCGGCCUGGCGGCCAUGUUGAAGGACCAAGUGGCCUUCAACUACAAGGACAUCCCAAACUUCCCGCAGAGCACAGUGCACGGACACGCCGGGCGUCUGGUUUUUGGACUGUUGAAGGGUCAGCCGUGCGUGUGCAUGCAGGGCCGCUUCCACCUGUACGAGGGUUACGCCAUACACAAGAUCACGCUCCCCAUGCGCAUCUUCAAGUUGUUGGGCGUCCACACUGUGAUGCUGACCAAUGCGGCCGGGGGUCUCAAUCAGGACUUCAAAGUGGGAGACAUCAUGAUCAUGAAGGACCACCUUAACGUUCCAGGCUUUGCUGGCAUCAACCCUCUAACCGGUCCCAAUGACGAGAGGUUUGGCAUGCGCUUCCCGUGCAUGUCUGAUGCGUACGACCGUGAGCUUCAGCAGCUAGCAACGGAUGUGGGCCAGGAAUUGGGUUUUGGAGACUUCCUGAAGGAUGGCGUUUACUGCGUGCUCGGCGGUCCAUCCUUCGAGACCAUUGCAGAAUGCCGAAUGUUGCACAAGCUGGGCGCCGAUGCCGUGGGCAUGAGCACCGUGCACGAGGUGAUCGUGGCGCGACACUGCGGAAUGCGGGUCUUCGCCUUGUCGCUGAUCACCAACCAGGCGGUCAUGGACUAUGACAGCGAGGAGAAGGCCAACCACGAGGAGGUUCUCCAGACGGGCAGGCAUAGGGCGAAGCAGUUGGAGCAGCUCAUCUCCACCAUGGUGACCAGGAUGGACAACAACAACAACAACAACUAGGCCUGAGCUGCCAUCUUUGCUCGUUCUGUAGGUCAAAGUUCAACUGUCUCCGGUCACAUUGUUGUUUUUUUGACUUUAUUGAAGUGUGAUGAUGUCAUUGUUUUUGUAUGUUCAGCUUGUUUAAAUAAAGUUUUAUUUAUUGGUGCAUG